GUUAAUUAACUUUACAAACUGUGUAUGUUUAAAGAGAUUACCAUUCCUGUGUUAAUCUACCGCAAGGAAUUUAUUUUAAUCCACAUCCAGGAAUGUUGUUUCAGGAAAAGUUGUCAACAGAGAAAUAUCAUAGUUUGGAUGUUAACACUAUUGAUGGUAGCGCUGUAUUGCAAGGAGUUCUAAGGGGACGAUUCCAGUAAUUAGAAGAAUAGAUUUUAUCAGAAAUUUUCUGCUAUAAAAGAACCAUGAAAGUUCCAGUUGUCAUUUUAACUUUGGGAAUUUUCUUCAGUUGUAUUUUCGCUCAAAGCACCAGUUUUACCACACAUCUACCUGAACAAAAUCAAGCAACAGUUUCUCCUGAAAAGGGUAACCAGAGUACUCUUUGUAUAAACAAACAGAAUGGUUUAUACAUCGGAGGAUGCAGAUGGUUCUAUCGCUGCAAAGAUGGUAAAACUGUAAACAUAUCCUGUCCUCAUGAUCUUGUGGUAAAUAAGCUCUAUAUGUAUUGUGAUUACCUUGAUAAAGUGGACCCACCAUGUGGUACAGCCCCAAACUGCACAGGAUUAUGGGAUGGCAACUACCCUGACUACAGUCGCAGUUGUAAAUUCUAUUAUUCCUGUUUACGGGACAAGUUCCAUGGUUAUGUGAAAUGUCCUGCUUCUUUGUUCUUUGAUCCAACAAAAGAAGCUUGUGAUUGGCCGAAUUUGAUUGCACCACCAUGUGGAACUAAAGGAGUUUAAAUAAUGCAAUAAACCGCUAAAAGUCCCUUGAAAAAUAUCUGCAUAAAACAAUAAA